AUGACAAACGAGCAAUCGCCGUUAUUACAACAAAAUAAACCGCCUGUUUCUAGGCCAAAAUAUAAAAGAAGACGAUCUUCAUUUGAUCCGUCUACUUAUAAUAGUAUAGGAACCGUACCAGACGCCAUUGCCAAUCAAGAAACCACGCGGGAGUCAGGCCUUAACUUGCUUCAGAUAUUAGGUUUGACCGUGUGCAUGGCAGGUGUUCAAUUUACGUGGACGGUUGAACUAUCCUACGGCACGCCCUAUUUAAUAUCGCUUGAUUUAUCCAAGGAGCUAACGGCCCUCGUCUGGCUGGCAGGCCCCCUCUCUGGUCUUAUUGUGCAACCCUUAAUUGGCGCAUACAGUGAUAAAUGCACGUCUCGAUUUGGAAAACGUAGACCAUUUAUUGUAGGCGCAGGCAUAUUAACGUGUCUGUCUAUGGUUGGCAUUGCAUAUGCAAGAGAGUUAGGAACUAUGAUCGCCGACCAAUUUUACAAUUCGUCCAAGGAAGCUGUUCACACGUAUUCCAUCAUCGUAGCCGUAUCCUCAUUCUACUUUCUUGAUUUUACAUUAAACGCUGUUCAAGCUAUUUGCAGAGCCUUAAUCCUGGAUAUACCACCUCUUUGGCAGCAAGAGUAUGCAAAUGCAUGGAGUGCACGCAUGAGUAAUACAGCCAUGGUCUUUGGAUACUUUAUUGGCUUUAUUGAUCUUGUCAACUUCUUUCCUUGGCUAGGAGACACUCAGAUGAAAGUAUUUUGCAUUGUAGGCACUCUAGUAUUUAUUGCAACUCUGGCUAUUACAUGCUUUGCCGUGAAGGAAAAGCAGCAUGUUGAAAAUGAUGACCAAGAUGACUUGCCGUGGUAUAGCACCUUCCAAUAUGUUUGGCGUGCUUUCCGUUAUUUACCAAAACCAAUUCAGUCAUUAUGUAACACACAAUUCUUUGCUUGGAUGGGUUGGUUUCCUUAUUUGUUCUACAGCACACAGUGGGUGUCAGACCUCUACUUCAUAUCUCAUCCCGACAACGGAGACUGGGCCGAAGGUACCAGAGCAGGUUCCUUUGCGUUAUUGUGUAAUGCCCUGGUCUCUGUGGUUGCAGGCGUGGUCAUUCCUGCUCUUGUCAUGCGUUUUGAAAAAAAGGGCAUCUGGUUUCUUUCUUUGCUGAAUGUCUAUACUGCAUCUCAGCUGAUCAUUGCUGGCUCCUUGUUGUCGGCAUGGUUUGUCCGCUCAGUCACGACAGCUACUGUCAUCUUGGCCAUCAUGGGUAUCCCAUGGGCUAUUGUGCUCUGGAUCCCAUUCUCGUUAGUCGGUGAAUAUGUUAGCUAUGAAGAUGAACAACGCCAAAAGAAACUUCCUACAACAACAAGUGAGCAUCAACAGCAAGAUGACUUUGAUGCAGGCAUGAUUUUGGGUGUACACAACAUGUACAUCGUGUUCCCUCAGUUUGCUGUGGCUAUUAUUUCUUCUAUUAUAUUUGCUAUUGCUUCGGAUAGCAAAACAUCAGGUGAAUCUAAUGUCGCUAUUGUAUUGGCAUUUGGUGGUUUAAUGGCUUUGAUUGCUGCUGUAUUUAGUAGAUUUAUUAAGCGUGUGAAAUAA